AUGACGUCCACGGGGGAUAAUGCCUUGAUCAAAAGGUUGAAACGCAAAUUGACCACGAGAAAAGGUCUUAUCGGUGAAUAUAACUACAAAUUUCUAUUCACUCCUCAGAUUUUCAGCAAGGUCAAGAAUACACAGCCUUUCUUUGCUGUAGACCAGGAUGUUCCGCUAGUUCUUGGGUUUAUCUUGGGUCUUCAACAUGCGCUAGCAAUGCUUGCGGGUGUUAUUACUCCUCCGAUUCUAAUCUCUCUUUCCGCCAACUUCAGCAGCGAUUCGCAACAAUAUUUGGUUGGAGCAUCGUUGGUAGUUAGUGGCAUACUAUCUUUAAUCCAGAUUACGCGUAUCAGAAUACCGUUUACGCAGAUGUAUGUGGGAUCUGGGAUGCUUUCCGUUGUUGGAACAAGUUUUUGCGUGCUGCCCUUGGUCCAGGGCAUCUUGCCAAUGAUGUAUAGAACAGGCUAUUGUCCAACGGGUGCUAACGGCGAAUUGUUAGAGUGUACUAGAGGCUACGGUGCACUAAUUGGAACUUCUACUCUUUGCGCUUUGUGGGAGAUUGCUUUGAGUAUGGUUCCACCUCGUUACUUAAGAAAACUCUUCCCAAGUGUUGUGACAGGUAGUGUGUUGGUUACUAUGGGUGCGUCUUUAUUAAAGUCAGGAUUCCAAGAUAUCUUAGGUGGUGCAGGGUGCAUUGACGGCAUGUGCCCCUUUGAAGGGGCACCAAUGGCGGCUCCAUACGGUAGUCCAAAGUUUAUUGGUCUGGCAUUCUCCGUUUAUAUUACUAUCAUUUUAUGUGAAAAAUGGGGUGCUCCAAUAAUGAAGUCCUGUAGUGUCAUUGUCGGUUUACUAGUAGGCUGUAUUAUUGCGGCCGCCUGUGGAUAUUUCGACAGAAGUGGUAUAGACUCCGCUCGGGUUUUGUCUUUCCCAUGGGUUAAGACAUUCGAGUUCAAAGUAUAUGGUCCAGCGGUUAUACCGUUCUUGGUUGUGUACACACUGCUGGUCAUGGAAACCCUAGGAGAUCUGAAUGCAUCGAUGGAAGUUUCAAAGCUCGAGCUAGAAGGUCCUGUCUACGAAUCCCGUUUACAGGGCGGUGUUCUUGGUGACGGUGUAAACGGCUUACUAGCCGGCCUCAUGACCAUCACCCCAAUGUCAACUUUUGCUCAAAAUAAUGGUGUGAUUGCCAUGACCCGCUGCGCUAGUAGGACUGUGGGUUACUGGGCUUGUUUCCUCCUCAUAGUGAUGGGCGUAUUCACGAAAUUCGCUGCAGCCCUUGUCGCAAUCCCUAAGCCUGUCCUCGGUGGUAUGACCUCCUUCCUUUUUACCUCUGUGUUAGUGAGUGGUAUUAAAAUAAUAACUACUAUCUCCUUUACUAGGCGCGAUAGGUUCAUUCUAACAGCCUCACUCUUUCCGGGCAUUGGUUGCGUUCUAAUUCCCGACUGGUUUAGUCACGUCUUCAACUAUACCGGCUCAAACCAAGCUCUUGAGGGCUUCCUGAACGCCAUAACACUGGUAAUGGGUUCAAGCUAUUGUCUAGCUGGCUUUAUAGCUACAAUAUUGAAUCUAUUUUUACCUCAAGAGUUUGAUGAUCACGACGACGAUGAGCACAACGUCAACCCUCCCAGAACGAUAGAAAUCAAUGAAAUUGAUAUGGACGCUUAUGUUCCACAAUAUAAUAGUUUUGAGAGACAAAUAGACCUCAAUCUGAAAGUUAAGAAGGAAAACGAGGAAAAGUACAGCGCCUGA